AUCAACGAUGUAGAAUUAAAGGAGUACUGUGUGUUGCAGGAGGACAUGGCUUCCCCUGAUCUGAAGGUCCUAGUUACCGGGGCAACAGGUCUGUUAGGUCGAGCUGUGUGCAGAGAAUUUGAGAACAGCAGCUGGUUGGUCAUUGGGACUGGAUACAGGAGAGCCAGGCCCCGCCUCCUCCGCUGUGACCUCACCGACGAGGACGCCAUCAGACAACUCCUGCACAAGUACAAGCCUGAUGUGAUCGUCCACUGUGCCGCAGAGAGACGUCCAGAUGUUGUAGAGAGACACACGGAUGCAGCUGUUAACCUCAAUGUAAACGCCACGAGCACGCUCGCCAAGGAGGCAGCUGCAUGUGGAGCGUUCUUCCUCUACAUCAGCAGCGACUACGUUUUUGACGGACGGAAUCCUCCGUACGGAGAAGACGACGUCCCGAACCCACUCAACAUCUACGGACGAACAAAACUGGAGGGAGAGAGAGAAGCACUGAGGCACUGUCCAGGUGCGGUGGUGCUCAGGGUGCCCGUUCUGUUCGGGGAGGUGGAGUCAGUGAUGGAGAGCGCCGUCACAUCGCUGUGGAUCAAAGUUCAGGAGGCGACAGAGAGCUGCACCCUGGAUCACUGCCAGCAGAGGUUUCCCACGGACACCCGAGAUGUCGCUGCCGUCUGCAGGAAGCUGUCUGAGAGAGCGAGACAGGACCCGUCUGUCCGAGGAAUCUUUCACUUCUCAUCUAACGAGCAGAUGACCAAAUAUGAGAUGGGCGUGGCCAUUGCUCAGGCCUUCCAGCUGCCUUCCAAUCACCUGAUUCCUUUGACGGAGCAGCCCGCCUCCUCCUCAGCUCUUCGUCCAAUCAACAGUCGUCUGAACUGUUCUCGUCUUCAGCUGCUGAAUCUGAACGUGGAGCCGCGACCUUUCACCUCCGCUAUCAGUGACUGUCUGUGGCCGUUCACACCCGACAAACACUGGAGACAGACAGUUUUCCACUGAGAGACAGACAGUAAUGAGUUUCCAGGUUCAUAUUGAAACAGAACCAGUGUGAGUCCAGAUUGUAUCAAUGUGAACAGAUUGAACAACAUUUUAUUUCACUUGGAACAAUCUCAAAACUUUAACAUAAACCACAGGAAGUGACUCUGACUGUAGAUCUGUGUCCGUCAUCUUUGUUUGCAGCUGCAGGUGUGAAACAGCACAACUAUGACCUGACGCGCGCAUGCACACACACACACACACAUACAACUUGACAAAAUAAAAGUCUCUUUUCCUCCA